GUCCAAUCACUGUUCCAUAGCGCAGCAUAACCUCGCAGCUUGAAAUAGCUGGUGAUAGACAAUGAAGACAUUAUUCAUCAGCAUAGAUAAAUCAUGGGAAGCAACAAAACGGAUAGUGGGGUUAUUUAGUUUUUGCUAAUUAUAUCAUACACGUUUUUUAAUUAGUCACCUGAUAUGUUUCAGCAUAUGGAAAUCCCCAAAUUAAAUUCAAACUCAAAUGUUAUUAUAGCCUAUUAGGCUACUUUGCAGAGUGUUAAUAUAUUUUCUAUGGAAUGUCAUUCAGAAUGUAGGCUACGCUACGUCGCACGUUUUCAAAAAAUAAUUUCCCUUUAAGAUGAUGAUGUAAGACGUUACUUCCCAUUAUGUUUUUUUCCACGCACCGCUGGAAAAACAUAAUCGUAACCGUUUUCACUCCAGUGCCAGCCUGAGCGUUAUUUCUGCUCUCUUCUCUGCACAGCAGUUUGGAGACGUGGAGAUGGGAGCGCGCUGCACCGGCGUCCGGAUUCCAUCUUCACUUUCAGAAAAGAACAGCACGCGCACGGCAAUUUCAGCACCGUCUCUGUGGACAGCGAACGUGCCAUUGAUUCUGGCAGAUAAAGUUACACUGGAUUGUUAAAAAACAAGGACAGGAGCUUGCCUUGCUGAAUCAAAGAAGUUGGACAUUUUUAUCCAGAACGGAGUGAAGUGCAGAGGUGAUCAAUUAUAUUUUCGAUUGAUUAUGGAAUAAUGGUGAUUUCACUGUAGGAUUAUAUUAAUGGACUCACAGCAAUGGAUGUGUGUAAAAAUAUGCGUGCACUGCAUGUGGUGACCGAUUUAAUUCAAUAGAAGACAUGCACAUUCCAUCCCAUAUAGAUUGAAAACUUUUUGGGAACAUCUGCGCGCCGCACCUUGACCGGGAUUUGGUUUUAUGCAUGAACUAAAAAUGGCACUGAGUGAGAAUUGUAAAACCCAGCCGGCUAAAGAAACAGGGUCCGUGCAAAACCCGCCGUCUGAUGUUAUUGAACUAAACGUAGGAGGACAAGUAUACUAUACUCGUCUACAUACUUUAACAAGCAUCCCCAAUUCUUUACUGGGACGGUUAUUCUCCACCAAGAAGGGGUCCUCGUCGAACGACUUGGCGCGGGACCUCAGGGGACGUUAUUUUAUCGACAGAGAUGGUUUUCUGUUCAGAUAUGUAUUGGAUUAUUUGAGAGAUAAGCAGGUCGUCCUACCCGAUCACUUCCCGGAGAAAGGAAGGUUAAAACGGGAAGCAGAAUACUUUGAACUGCCCAAACUGGUCAAACUGUUGGCGUCCGAGGAAUCUAAACAUUUUCAGGACGACCCGUUUCACAGUGAUUUCGACGACGCGUCGCUCAGCAGCGACCAGAGGAUAUAUUCCUCAUACUCUCUGGACGGGAGAUAUGGAUACAUAACCGUCGGUUUCAAAGGCACGUGCGCGAUUGACCCCAAAUCCAAAAAAGUAGUACCCAGAAUCUUCAUCAGCGGAAGGAUCGGCCUCGCCAAAGAGGUGUUUGGAAACACCCUGAAUGAGAGCCUAGACGCAGACCGGGCUGGGGACAGGUACACCUCCCGGUUCUUCCUCCGGUUCUGUCACCUGGAGCGGGCCUUUGACAUGCUGUCAGAGAGCGGGUUCCACAUCGUUGCCUGUAACUCGUUGCUCACCGCCUCUUCCAUCAGCCAUUACGCACCUGAGAAAGUAUGGUCCAAUUUCACGCAGUACGUCUUCUACCGUGGCCCAUCCAGGUGGUCUUCGUCCCACUGCGACUGCUGCUGCAAGAGCCACAAGAGUGAGCGCGAGGGAGAGAGCGGCACAUCUUUGAACGAGCUCUCUACUUCCUGCUCCGAGACCCAAUCAGAAGCCAGCUCCCCUCAGGGCACAGUCAUCUGUGGUUCCGUCAGCCGUCAGCCUCACCCCGUCGCCCAGACCCUGGACCGGCCACUGAAGAAAGGGCCCGUUCAGCUGCUCCAGCCGUCGGAGGUGAGGAGGAAGACGGACCUGCUCCGGGUGAGGACCAUGGGGAUCAGGGAGCACCGCGAGGCUGCAGCCAAGAGGAAAGCCAACAAGGAGAAGUUAACACCGGAGCAGGAACUGGAGAGCUGCAUCCAGGACUUCCACAGGAUCAGGAUUCCUGAACGCUUCCCGGAGAGGAAGUACAUGUGGCAACAAGAACUGCUGAGGAAGUACCGUCUCUAAGGAGAAGGAGGGAGCGAGCAAUACAAAUCAAAUUGUAUUGGUCACAUACGCCGAAUACAACAGGUGUAGACUUUACAGUGAAGUGCUUAUUUACAAGCCCAUUCCCAACAGUGCAGAGUUAAAAAGUACGACAAAUAUUUGGAAAAAUGUAUAUAAGGAAAUAGUAACACAUUUACCACAAUUACACAAACUGAGUCAAUGUGCAGGGGUACGAGGUAGUUGUGAGGCUAUAUAUAAGGAGUACCAGUACUGAGUCAAUGUGCAGGGGUACGAGGUAGUUGUGAGGCUAUAUAUAAGGAGUACCAGUACUGAGUCAAUGUGCAGGGGUACGAGGUAGUUGAGGUAUUACAGUAUUACAUGUGGAUAGGUAUCAAAGUGACAAGGCAAUCAGGAAAUAGUAACACAGGAAAUAGGAACACAAUAAAAACAAUAGCGAGCCUAUAUACAAGGGACAGGAAGAGAGAGAGAAAGAGGGAUGGAGGGCUCCAUUUCUUUGCAGGGUAUUAGCUGAAGACUAAUAGACUGUAGCACUCUCUACGACAAUCAUGUACUGUAUUAAAGAAAAUGAAGAAAUCAAGGCCACUGUAUUGCCAGCAUGUAUAGCAGAGCACAGUGAAUCUAGCACAAAACGAGGCCACAUUUGUCAAGGGUUUGUGAUGUGUGCACAGUGUCUUUUUGUGAUAUGCACGUGUGUUAACCAGGUUGGGGUUCAAAUCCCAGUCACGGCAGGGGACGCUUUAGCCCCACCCCAUGUGGCUAACCAUGUGAAGUCAUGGUUAGCCUGUCAAGCUAAAGGCUACAUCACCUGUUCAAGCAACAAGCCAACCUCAGGGCCAAUGGGAUACACCGCAAUCAGCUCACCAAGCUCCAUCACGAUCACAAGCUCCAUCAACAAAGGUGCAGUUUCAGCUAGCUAAUGCUUUUUGUGGAACAAAUUAGUAGUCACGAUGUCAGUGAUUUUCUAUUGGUGUAUCAGUGUGUACAGAAGGAAAGGACUAUCGCUGCGUCUCCGGUUCACAGUUAGUCACAGUGUGUCUAUGGGAAGUGUCAGAAUGGGUUUGUGGUUCUGUCAGGCAGAAUCAUCACAGAAGACGGGACUCUGGAACUCUCACAUCUGUUUAUUGUACUACAACUACAGCCCUGCAUGUCAUUUCAUGGUAUGAGACUCAUAUCAAUAGAUUAUGGUGUCUGUAAUAUGGUAUGAGACUCAUAUCAGUAGAUUAUAGUGUCAGUAAUAUGGUAUGAGACUCAUAUCAAUAGAUUAUAGUGUCUGUAAUAUGGUAUGAGACUCAUAUCAGUAGAUUAUAGUGUCAGUAAUAUGGUAUGAGACUCAUAUCAAUAGAUUAUAGUGUCAGUAAUAUGGUAUGAGACUCAUAUCAAUAGAUUAUAGUGUCAGUAAUAUGGUAUGAGACUCAUAUCAAUAGAUUAUAGUGUCUGUAAUAUGGUAUGAGACUCAUAUCAGUAGAUUAUAGUGUCAGUAAUAUGGUAUGAGACAUAUCAGUAGAUUAUAGUGUCAGUAAUAUGGUAUGAGACAUAUCAGUAGAUUAUAGUGUCUGUAAUAUGGUAUGAGCAUCAUAUUUAAUAGAUGCCGUUCAUUUGUUAUGUGGUGGAUAAAUCCAAGGGUGCCUCCGAAGUUGCAUUCUAUUCCCUAUAUAGUGCACUACAGAGGGAAUAGGGUGCCAUUUUGGGAAGCCACCCAAUACAGUAUGUCAUGGUGACUGAGUGAGGCCAACUUCAUUGAUGAGAGCACUGACUGAUUGUCUGUUUGCUAUUGUAAACAUUCUUGUCUGAAUUUGUCGACAAGUCAUGUAUGUGUAGCAUAGGGAAACAUGUAGGUAGGCUACAGUAGUAAUGCUGAUGGGUAUUCUAAGAUCCUCCCCCUGGUGGGUGUUCUAAGAUCCUCCCCCUGGUGGGUGUUCUAAGAUCCUCCCCCUGGUGGGUGUUCUAAGAUCCUCCCCCUGGUGGGUGUUCUAAGAUCCUCCCCCUGAUGGGUAUUCUAAGAUCCCCUGAUUGUAAGUGUGCAACAAAUCUAUUAAAUGAGUUGAAAAUGCAAUUACUUGUGUGACUCUACGGACUCUUUGCCAGCGUAGCUGACUGAACUAAACAGGUGACUGUGCAGUUGUGUUUCUAGGAUAAAAAAAUGAAAUAAGUACA